CUUGGGACGAGGAACAGAUCGUCACUGUGCUGCUGCGGCGGCGGCGGCGACGACGACGACGACAUAACGAAAAGAGUAGGGUUUCCCUUACGGUUUGUCGGUUAGUCAUUGCGAACGUCGAGUAAGAUAAUUUAUGUGGCUGGAUUUUCCUCACUCGGUAGCUGGGUGGACCAGGACCAUGUUGUGUUGUUUCGCUUUUGUGGGUAAAUUUAGCAUUGAUUUUUUGAUUUCUACGUGAAUCCGAGCGAGCUUCGUUUCGGUCUGAGAUGCCCAGCGUGAGGAAUUUCCACUCCUGACACAGAAGGUGUUUUUUUAGUGGAAUCUGGGUAAAUGAGUAGGAGCGUGAGUCAAGCGCUCGUAGUCAAGAUCGACGUGCAAGGCGGAAGGUCGAAUUUGCGGUUUGUGGGUUGAUAGGUAGUCAUCACCUCCUCCUGUUAAAGGUAGCGCGCCCGUGAUUUUGCUUCAACAACCGCAGUUGAAGUGAAGCUUUCAUCAUUGCCAACUUCUCUAGAGAGUCUGCUUCUUUUAGCUUCCUUCUUUUCGUGUAAGGGUGUGGUUCUGAGAAGUCUGUGAAGGUGGGGGGGGGGGGGGUCUACAUUAUCACGUCGCCAUCCGAGUUAUUGUAAGUGGGCUGGAGUGCGAUUAGUCGCAUUGAGAUCCUUGCGACUUGUCCCCGUCGAGUAUUGUUUUUCUGUCUACUCAGGAUCCUGGAUUUGCUUGUAAAUUGCUUGGAGUAGUGGGUCCAAUUAGUGGCUCUCCAGUUGGACGUGUCCUAAGUUUUGUGAAGAAGUUUCUCGAUUUUCUCUGUUGGAAGAUUGUGUACGAGGUUACAAUCACCUGUUUUUUUUUUUAUUCAUUAUUCUUUUUUCUUCGUUUUCCCCCUGGUGUGAAGAUUUUGUCACUUUUUUCUGUAACCUGCUUGCGAAGUCAAGUAUUGGAGAUUAUGUCGAAGAAGGCUUGAGAUCGUAAUUGCCGAGUGCGGGACGACCGCUGAGGGGUGGCGGCAUUUAUCGAGUUCAGGGAGGUUUUGUUCAUUGAUAUUGGCGUAAAUAGAGGUUUGUAGAGGAAGGUUUAGAUGGAGGGACACGGACAGAGCCGUUGUCCACCACCCGGGAUCGCUCUCAUCAAGAAGCUCAGGGGUGGCACGGAUUUCAGCUACUCGUCGUACCGGGCGUCGGUCCUCAUAAUCACCUUCAUCGCUUAUGCCAUGUUCCACAUGUCGCGCAAGCCUCCCAGCAUCGUGAAGAGUGUGUUGGAUCCUGAGGGCUCUGUCAUCUCUGCUUUGGGAUCUGGGCACUACGCACUCCCUGCCUCUUUGGCACCGUCAUUCGACAAGCUGUUUCACAAUGGCUCUGCUGAUGGCAACUCCACGAACAACAUUGGCAAAGGAGGGUGGGCUCCUUUCGAUGGCAAGACAGGGAAGAACAGGCUUGGGGAGAUUGACGUUGCUUUUCUGGCGUCGUACGCCUUCGGCAUGUACUUCGCAGGGCAUUUGGGCGACCGAUUGGAUUUGCGCAAGUUCCUGUCUUUUGGCAUGGUUUGCAGUGGCUUCUUUGUGUGUUUGUUCGGGAUGGGUCGCUAUUGGAACAUCCAUCGUCUCGAGUACUUUCUGCUAGUGCAGAUGGCUGCUGGACUUUUCCAAGCCACCGGCUGGCCCUCCGUAGUCACCAUCGUUGGCAAUUGGUUCGGAAAGAAGAAACGCGGGCUCAUUAUGGGAAUUUGGAACGCGCAUACCUCCGUUGGUAACAUCCUUGGAUCGCUGAUUGCUGCUGCAGCGCUCAAGUAUGGAUGGGGCUGGUCUUUCAUUAUUCCUGGCACCAUUUUGGCUGGAGGUGGUCUUUUGGUGUGGGCCUUCCUCGCUGUGAGGCCUGAGGAUUUGGGUCUUCCGUGUCCUCACGAAGUCGAAGCUGCUGCAGAAGCCGAUGAAGUGGAGAGAGCACUGAAUGCAGAGCAUGACUCGGAGCAGGCAGAUUUGUUGGCCAGCGAGAACAAAAAUUCUAGUGCGGUAGCUGAAUCUGACGGAGUAGAUUUGGAGUCACAGCAGCUGGUUGGGACUAAGCAAACAGUGCCGGAAUUGAUCAGGAACGAUCCUGCUGUAGGGUUUCUUGAGGCAUGGAGAAUUCCCGGUGUUGCCACUUUCGCUCUGUGUUUGUUCUUUUCCAAGCUCGUUGCUUACACCUUCUUGUACUGGCUUCCAUUCUACAUCAAACAAACACCCAUCGCAGGAAAAAUGCUAGAUGAAAAAACUGCUGGUCAGUUAUCAACUCUCUUUGACGUGGGGGGCGUUGUUGGAGGUAUACUGGCUGGCCAUAUCUCCGACAAGUCAAAUGCAAGAGCAAUUACGGCUGCUGGGUUUAUGUAUUGUGCGAUCCCUGCCCUCUUCCUUUACAGGACCUAUGGGAGUGUCUCCAUAACGGUUAAUAUCACACUGAUGGUAGUUGCGGGAAUGUUGAUCAAUGGCCCUUACGCUCUCAUCACGACUGCUGUCUCUGCCGAUCUUGGAACACACAGUUCAUUGAAAGGAAAUGGUAGAGCUUUAGCUACUGUAACUGCAAUCAUCGAUGGAACGGGUUCCUUGGGGGCAGCCAUUGGACCUUUGCUGACGGGAUUCCUUUCAGGCCAAGGUUGGGGUGCGGUCUUCAUCAUGCUCAUGAUGGCUGCCCUCUUUGCCGGCUUGCUCUUGACGAAGUUGGUCGUAGCAGAGGUGGUGGAAAAGCUUGUAAAAUAUCAACGUCUUCAUAACCUCUCGGAAACAGCUCGAGAGCAACUGACUGAUUUGUUGCUAGGAGGGGGGGGGAUUGAGAGAAAGGGAUGAGGGAGAAUGAAGAAAAGUCUCAGCAUAUAGGAGUUCCACAUGGCGAUAUAUUCUUCUGUCACCUAUGUUCAUAUUCGAGGCCUAUCGUAUACUAUCUACAUCAAAUGAUCAAAAUUAUCCCCGAAGCCUUUCGAGGUUGUAUCGUUGACUCUGAAAAUAUAUUCACGCUCGAUCGAUCAUCUGUUGCAGAGUUGUGAGGAGCUGCAUUCUCCACAAAGGACCUAUCUAAUGCAGCGGCGUUUCAUGGAACAUCCGCACAGAACGUGCUUAUCCGACAUGUUCACUGCAAUGCCCUGGCAUGAGACCUCUGUUGCAAGAAGGUUGACAUGGGUAGUGGAUAUCCAAUUGGAGGGGGAGAGCAUGACGUCACACAUUAAAAUGUUGACAUCUCAGUCAAGCAAGCCCCCGGAAAUUUUCAAUAGGUUUCUAUUGUGUUUUAGGGUCCCCUGAAGACGAUGAAUUAGGCCGUCACGCAGAGAUGCUUCAUUUUAGUUCUAGCAACUCAAGACUGAGCUAUCGAACAGAGCAAGAUCUCACUUUUAGUGAACAUAGAUUUUUCAUCUUAGAAAAGAGAGGCACGUUGAGUGCACCAAUUUGUCGGGAAAAUUCUUGACCCAAAUUUUUGUACAGAUUCUACCAGGUUACUGUUCUUUUUUUGAACAUUUAUUGGAGUUAGAUAUUGGUAUUAUAUCCAUCUAAAACGUUCAACUCACGUACGUGGCCCCGUUACUGGUUUUUUUGCUUUUUUAUGAGAUAGUGUAAGAUUCAGAUUUGGGUUCAGAUUCAUCUUUAAGCAACAUGCCGAAACUUCUACCCGUACUAAUGGACAUGAUGGUGUUGGUAAUUCUGUAGGUUGCAGGGUCCGUGUGUUUUGUUAAAAGUAGCUACUGCUAUACUUUAUUUCGAAACAACUUUGCUCAAUGUGGAGUACAAUCAAGAUUAGAUAAAUAUUCUCAGCGGACAAGGAAUCGCUUCUUGAUUAAGAAACCAACUGUGAUGGUGGAUGCUCUUCGGAUCAACCGACAAGUCUGCUGAGGUUGUGGAUUGUCUCCGACACCAAGCGUAUAGAGGAAUAUUCGCCACUGGUUGCUGACCAACCUUCUCUGUUGAAGGCAGCUUUUUCAAGAGAUACCACCCAAUCAUUCCAUGGAGCUUCUGGUGGGUGACCAGAAAUGUUCAAGACGCGCGAAAUUCUGACAAUGCUGAAAAUUUCUUUUUGUUAGCAGAGUAUUGUAGAUCGCUUACUUGCUUCAAUGACAGACUGUAAAGCAUUCAGUAUGAACCAAGUGGACGAAAGAAAGAAUUGAACUUGAAUCAGCUGGAACCUGACAAUUAUGUAGGUUACGAAUAGUCAAUUGAAGGAGCUGCAUGCAAUCUCUCAAAAUGUGGCAGUGAAGGAUUCAUACGCUACUGGUAGUCCAGCAAUAUAUUGUUUGGCCUGGCGAGAGGAACUUGUCUUUUCAAACAAGCAACGCGGCAAUUCUCAAUAUGAUCCAUAGUAGCUCCAAGGGCAAUAGCAAGUGUGGAUUACGCAUAGCUCUUCAUGGGUUUCCUGACCAUGUGGAAAAUUGUAGAUGUGCGAGGGAACUCUGGAAGCUAGUCUUUAUGAAAUCCAAUGUUCAGUCAAGCUUCACGGAA